AUGCCCAGGUCAGGAAGCAAGAGCAGGGCCCCCCUGGCCGCCGCCUGCUGCGCCCCCGAUGGGUUGGAUCACACUUGCAACCCGCCAGAGGGCAGCGAAUCAGCGAAGGAGCCGAGGAGCCGACCGAAGCCCUUCAGGGGCAAGGUGGCGGACCCCUGCCCACGGGGGACUGAAGAGGUCAAGGCGAGGAAGCGCUCCAGGCCCGUGCGGUCCAAAGCCAGGAGGAUCGCUGCCAACGUCAGGGAGAGGAAGCGGAUACUGGACUACAACCAGGCAUUCAACGCGCUGCGGCUCAGCCUGAGGCACGACCUCAACGGCAAACGGUUGUCCAAGAUCGCCACCCUCAGAAGGGCCAUCAGCAAGAUCGCCGCCCUGUCCAUGUUCCUGCGCUCUGCUCCUGCUCAAAGGUGGCCCUGCAGUCACGCCGAGUGUCAGAGCCUAGCCCAGGAGCCCGGCCUGAGGGACUCUUGCCUCCAAGCCUACCAGAUCCCAGUAGCGAGCUGUUCCCUACCCCCAGAGACAUCUUAUGGCGACCUUAGCCAUCUCCCCACCUGUUCAUCGCCUGACUAUCCCAAGUGCGCACCUGAAAGUCCCUUCUACUUCCACCAGCCUCCGAGUGCCAGCCCAAAGGAUGAGGGUUUAAUGCCCAGUCCACAGUACUAUUCAAAUGGGAACUACCAGUUUGGAGUCAGGACAUCUUGUCACCAGCAUCAUGUGGAGACCUUUGUAGACUCCUCUCCGGUUCCAUUAACUUGGCAAUUCAAUUAUUUCCCAGGAACUAACUACCAACAGACCCUCCCAAUGCAUUGA